GUAGGCCUCCGGUGUUGCGCCCGCUCGUGCUGUGAACGCGCCUGGACAACUUGACUCGUCCUGAGGACACCUCGGUGUAAACAGCGAGCAAAUAGCAAGGCGCAUAUUUUGAUGCUCGCAAAUUAGAGCCUAUAAAAAGUGACUAACGCCAGGUGUGCCUCUUAGAGGAGUUUAGCAAAGCCUCCAAACAAGUAAGUCUGGGCUCUGUUUUAUUUUUUUCUUGGAGACACCGUAACGUCAAGCGCAUAUCCGCUUAGCACCAGUUUCUCUCAGGCGCCGUUUCAACACUUAUUCAGCACACACGUAGCUAGCUUGUUCAAACUGCGACAGUCAUGUGCUCGGUUAUAAACAGAGUCAAAACAAUUCACCGAGUUGCGGCUCUGUCGCUGCGGCUCAAGGGAAACACCGAGGGCUCGAGUUAUGCUGCAGCCCAGAGCAGUCGCUUGUGUCCCGGUGUGAGUUCCUUCGUCGAGCCGCUACCAGCGAGCAGGAGGUUGUACUGCUCCAGGACGUCAAAGACCGAGGGACUGCUCUUCAGACAACUGUUCGAGCAUGAGAGCUGCACCUACACCUACCUGCUUGCAGACACGAAAACCAGGGAAGCCGUCAUCAUUGAUCCUGUGCUGGAGACUCUUGACAGAGAUCUGAAACUUGUAAAGGAACUGGGCCUUGAUUUAAAAGUGGCAGUAAACACCCACUGCCAUGCGGACCACAUAACAAGCUCAGGAUUGAUGAAGAAAAGACUGGUUGGAUUGAAAAGUGCCAUUUCCAAACACAGCGGUGCAGCUGCAGAUAUUCAGUUGUCCGAAGGGGACGAGAUCUCUUUUGGUAAACAUCAUCUGACUGUGAGAACAACACCAGGACACACCGAKGGGUGUGCAACCCUGGUGCUGGAGGAUCAGAGCAUGGCUUUCACCGGGGAUGCUCUGCUCAUUAGAGGCUGUGGCAGAACAGACUUCCAGCAGGGUUCUGCUACAAAGCUGUAUGAGUCGAUCCAUAAUCGGAUCUUCACGCUGCCUGAUGAGUGCCUCGUCUAUCCCGCUCAUGACUAUAUAGGUCAAACAGUUUCCACAGUUGGUGAAGAACGUAAGUUUAACCCYCGCUUGACAAAGACCAAAGAGCAGUUUGUGGAAAUCAUGAAGAACCUAAAUCUCCCUAAGCCAUAUAAAAUAGACAAAGCAGUGCCUGCUAAUCUGGUUUGUGGAUUACACGACAUCUGAAUGUCCUGCACACGAAAACGUCUUUAAAACGAUCUCUAACAUGAUGUCAAAGUGUUUUAUCUUYACAUGUCUAUUUUCAAAAAGAUUACCCUAAAAUGGCUUAUCAUGAAGUGAUUCAUUGUUUUCUUAAGUUAUUUUUGACCAGUUUGUUUGUUUGCAGCUUUGGAGGGGAAAAAUUGUACUUUAAAUAAAAUACWUUGUCUAAUUUUGCUAUGAUAUAUAUGAUUGCUAACAGACUUGUAAAUGAAAAUAACUUUACCACUUUUUUGUAUUGUGCUUAAAUUAAAUGAAUGUAUUGUUUACUUUGUACAGCUGUGUUCUUAUGAUUAAUAGAAUGAAAGGGGGUGGGUAACACUAUGUAACAUAUAUGGUUAAACUCUGUUAUUUUACAGCACAAUGAUCUAUAAUCCAAAUUUCAAUUAUGUGGGCCAUUUUUAUGUGCAUUUUGUAGGUUUUCCGCUAUUCUGGCUUCCUCUCAUGGUAAAAAACAUUGAAUUAAUUUGAUCUGUGACAGUCAACCUCAUCAGGACGUAUACUUCAGGCUUGGUUUCCUUUGUGACUGAGCAGAAAAAGCAGGUUAUUAAAAAAAGCUGUAACAAAUGCACUUUCAGAUAACUAUAAUGUACUGCAGUGUUUUCAGGUUUUACCAGUUUGAGUCAAAACAAAAGGUUUGCUUGAGAGUUCAGUCCUCUUACUUUGCCACAAAAACCUGCACACGUGAUUGACAGACUUUGUGAUGGAUUUUGAAGCCAGUGCAAAAAUAAAACCAAACUUUUAUCUGUUCUWUAAUUUAUUGGACCAGGAUACUGAGUGAAAACAUUUUGAAAAAGAUGGCACGUCUUGAGGUGGAAGUCUUAAAACACUUCAGCCAAAUAUUUUUCUAAUCUAGUCUUGAGAUUCAUAUGUUUUAUGAAGGUACUUUUUUUUUUUUAGCAAUCUGUUGCUUUAUCCGUCUUUUUUUCCAUCCAGUCUUUAUACUUGUCUGCCUUGUCUUCAAACAGUUAUGGUUCACAUUUCUAAGUUUUACUUGGUAAUUUUCUAUCUAAAUGGGAAAGUAUUAUGUAUCAGGAUUGUAGUAAAGUUAAAUAUAAUGUAAAAAUUACAGUGAAGAGAAAUACAAUUAUUUGCUUUAUUUCUUUUAAAGCUUUACAGCUUUCUAUAGAAGCAUUAAAUGCCCUCCAUUAUUCUUUUUGUAAUUGACAUUUCAUAAUGACUCAGCAGAAUUCAGUUGAACUUGAAACAAUUAUCUUGUUUUAUCACUGAUGCGUACUUUUCAGAGAUGCGUUGAAUAAGAGAGAACAAUGUUUAAGACAAUUUCAUCUUUUUCUCUGGAUUUUAAUGCCUACAAGAGGGUGUUUGUGACCAAGUUGAAUAAAGUUUAUGAUGAACUGUU